AAACCCGCCAAGUAACUAACAAUAAAUUAAAAUUCUCAAAAUUCCAAGUUAAAAACAUUCCAUCACUUUCUUCUCUUCUCUAAAAAUUCCCAGAAGAAAAUGGGGUUGAGAUCUUCAGAUAGAAAACUAUCUUUCGAUAUUCUCAGCAACAUCAAUAAUAACUUCCUUUUCGAUGAUGAAGAAGAAGAUGAUUCGCUUCCUCUUUUUCGUUCCACCACCGAUCCCUCACAGAGCCGGACCAAAUCCGAUUCAGAAAUCUCGCUUGUUCCGAAAAUCCGGAGGAACAAAAAGCACAAAAAGAAAAAACCGGCGUCCUCGGGUUUCGCUGCCAUCCCGGAAGAUCCGGUAUUGGAUUCGGAUGAGAGAAUUGGGUGUGGGAUUGUUUUUGGGAGCAUAAGCGAUUUGAAUUGCCAGAGUAGUUAUGGUGGGAGUGUGUGUACAGUGGUGACGGCGAGUUGUGAGAGUGGGAAUAGUUUGAGUCAGAGGAAUGUGAAUGGGAGUGAUGACUUGGCGGAGGAGAGUCCCUCCAAGAACCAACAGCGGUGGAAUGCGGCGUUGCCUAAUGGGAGUGUUGGUGGCAGUGAUAUUCUCACGAAGUCGGAGACGGCAGAGCUGUUGAAUUGGAAGCCACUUAUGGCAGAUGAUCCUCACUGCACAUAUCCAAUAGAGCAUUCACCGUGGAAAUACUUUUUGGGAGCAAUGUAUAGUGGAAAUUCAUUGCAGAGCACAACGACAAUUGGUGGUGAGAAAGAACGGCAGAGAGUAUAUGAUACCAUUUUCCGCUUGCCAUGGAGAUGUGAGCUGAUUAUUGAUGUUGGCUUCUUUGUCUGCUUGGAUUCAUUUCUGUCAUUGUUAACCAUCAUGCCAACAAGGAUUCUGAUGACUCUUUACAGGCUUGUAAGUAAAAGGCAGUUUGGUAGUCUUUCUACGGCUGUGCUCUGCGAUUUUUCUUGCUUUGUUGUGCUGGCUUGUGGACUCACCCUUUUGGAGCGAACAGAUAUCAGCUUAAUUUAUCACAUGAUUCGGGGUCAAGGAACAAUCAAACUCUAUGUGGUGUAUAAUGUCUUGGAGAUGUUUGAUAGACUGUUCCAAAAUUUUGGUGGAGAUGUAAUGGAAACAUUAUUUUACUCAGCAGAAACACUUGCAAAUUGUUCUGAAGAAGACAGGAACUCCUGUAUUUGGAAAUUCAUUUAUGAUCUAGCAUUAGCCACGGCUUCUUCAAUCUGUCAUUCUUUUGUUUUAUUAGCUCACGCAAUUACUUUAUCGACUUGUAUUGCUGCUCACAGUAAUGCUUUGCUGGCAUUACUGGUAUCCAAUAAUUUUUCUGAGAUAAAAGGCUAUGUGUUCAAACGCUUCAGCAAGGAAAACAUUCAAUUUCUUGUGUAUGCUGAUUCAAUUGAGAGAUUUCACAUCUUAGCGUUUCUCUUAUUUGUUUUGGCGCAAAAUAUUCUAGAGGCUGAGGGUCCUUGGUUUAAAAGUUUUGUUAUUAACGCUCUUAUGGUUUUCAUAGGUGAAAUGUUGGUAGAUAUUAUAAAACAUUCAUUCCUUGCUAAAUUCAAUGGCAUAAAACCUAUUACAUACUCUGAGUACCUAGAAGACCUCUGCAAACAGACUUUGAAUAGGAAAACUGAGGACGAGAAGAAAAUCCUCACUUUUGUUCCUUUGGCACCAGCUUGUGUGGUCAUCCGAGUAUUAACUCCAGUUUUUGCUGCACACCUGCCCUGCAGUCCUCUUCCAUGGAGGCUCUUCUGGAUUUUCCUCUUGUCUUCCAUAACCUAUGUGAUGCUCACAAGCCUUAAGGUGAUGAUUGGCAUGGGUCUACAGAAACACGCUGCAUGGUAUGUUGAGAGGUGUCGGAAGAGAAAACACCAUCUUCACUCUGAUUAAUUCAAGACAUGCCUCCUACAAAUAUAGGAAAUGGCAUGUUCAGCUGGCACAAUCUUCCUUCUGCCGAAACUGUUUAUGGUUUGUAGAGAAACCUUCUUAGUUUACAUGUUAGAUGCUCGAAAGGCAGCCGUGCACACACAGCUAAAGCAGCCCUUUGUACAGUUUGAGAUAAUUUUUUGAGAUAGCAUUUGCUUCCAAUUUUGAUAUAGAGAAACAUUUCUUGAUAAUGAGAAUCAUAAGUUUAUACAAAUUUUUUACAAGGAAAUUUUUCGUUUGAAAUCA